UCAUUACUUGCAAAUCACAAUCAUAAACAACAAUAUGCAUAUGAUAGAAAUAGAAUAUUUUAUGCGAGAAUGUAGGAGAAUUGAGAGGAGUCAAAGGUGGCAGUCUUGGACUAGGUAACCUUUGAUGGAUAGAUAAUGAAUGAUCCAAAAGGGGUAUUGUGGACAAAUACCCUAGAACCAAGAUUGCUAUCUCUUGGGCCAUUGUGAUUGAAACAGCUCAAUUUACCUCCAAUAUGCGGGGUUCAAAACAAGAAAGACUAUGAGACAUGAAAGUUACCCUGCACUAUCCUCAACAACAAAACCACAGCAACCCAAAUCAAAUUUCCUCAAAAAAAAUUUCGAACUUUUGGCAUACAAAUACGAUCUCAAAUCCAUCGGAUUGGUCUUUCAUUAUAAGGAAACACAUCACUCAAGGAUCCCAAAGAGAAGCUUUAGUUUUAUAUAACCAAAUUCGUUGUAAAGGAGCUUAUAUAUUAGGUUUAGUGCCUUUAAUUCUCAAGGCUUGUGCUUGUGUUUCUGAUUUAACAUAUGGGAAAUCUUUGCAUAGUGAGGCAAUCAAGAAAGGUGGGGACUUUGAUAUAGUUAUUGGAACUUCUUUGAUUGACAUGUAUGCAAAAUGUGGGGAUAUAUUUUAUUCACGUAAGAUGUUUGACUAUAUGCCUGAGAGAAAUGUUGUAACAUGGAAUGCGAUGAUUAGUGGAUAUGUUAGGAAUAGAGAUAUGAAAUCAGCGUUAGGUUUAUUUGAGAAGAUGUCAAUAAGAACUAUGGUGACUUGGAUUGAGAUGAUUGAUGGGUUCGCGAGGAAUGGAGAUUUGGUUACUGCCAGGUGUUUGUUUGAUCAGGUACCGCUUGAACAGAAGAAUGUGGUAACAUGGACUGUUAUGGUUGAUGGGUAUGCAAGCAAAGGAAAGAUGGCGGAUGCAAGAAUACUUUUUGAGGAGAUGCCAGAUAGGAAUUAUUUUGUUUGGUCAUCAAUGAUUUCUGGGUAUUGCAAGUUAGGUGAUGUGAAAGAAGCAAGGUGUAUUUUUGAUAGAAUUCCCAUUAGGAACUUGGUAAAUUGGAAUUCUUUGAUUUGUGGAUAUGCACAAAACGGGUUUUGUGAGGAAGCCUUGGAAGCAUUUGAAAAUAUGCAAGCCGAUGGUUUUGAACCUGAUGAAAUAACAGUUGUAGGUGUAUUAUCUGCUUGUGCUCAGUUGGGGCUAUUAGAUGUUGGUAAAGAUGUUCAUCGAAUGGCAUAUAAUAAAGGCAUAAAGCUUAAUCAGUUUAUUAUGAAUGCAUUAGUUGACAUGUACGCAAAAUGUGGGGAUUUAACUACAGCAAGAUCAAUCUUUGAAGGGAUGACCUAUAAGAACAAUGCCUGUUGGAAUGCUAUGAUAUCGGGUUUUGCUAUUCAUGGACAGUGCAAAAAGGCACUUGAGUUUUUCAGGAGGAUGGAAGAGUCGAAUGAGAAACCUGAUGACAUAACAUUUCUGUCUGUUCUUUCAGCUUGUGCACAUGGGGGAUUUAUGGAUGAAGGUCUAGAGAUUUUCUCUAAGAUGGAGAAGUAUCAGUUAGCAGCAAGCAUUAAGCAUUAUGGUUGUGUGGUUGAUCUUCUUGGACGUGCAGGAAGACUACAAGAUGCUUAUAAUUUGAUUAAGAGAAUGCCAAUGAAACCUAACAAUGCGGUUUGGGGUGCUCUGCUUGGAGCUUGUCAUGUUCAUUCAGAUAUGGAUAUGGCAGAACAGGUGAUGGAAGAGGUUAGCAGACGAGAUUGCAGUAUGGAUUCUGGCAAUGAUCUACAUCAUGUUCUACUUUCUAAUAUAUAUGCUGCUUCUGACAGUUGGGAGAAGGCUGAAAGGACGAGGAUCGUUAUGGUGAAUAAAGGGCUUCAGAAGAUUCCUGGAUGCAGUUCAGUUGUGCCUGCCAACGCAGAGCGAUAGUAUCAUGCAUGUACCAUGGUAACUGUCAUCAUUAGGUGGAAGGUUACCAUUUUUUCAGUCAAAGGAAUAAAAUUUUGAAAUAUGUAAUGUAACUGAAAGAUACUGGUCUGAAUGUGAUUCAGCAUCUUGGCAAGGGCUCCAGUAACAUUGUUGCACCAUUGCUCAUCAAUAUGUGCAAUGAAAUGGUAGGAAAUCACCAGAGUAAGUGAUUUGUACUUGCUCUGCCUUCUGAGUAAAUGGGGAUGCCAUGCCACCUUUCCGAAGUGCAAUGGAGGUGAGAAAUCCAAUGUAUAGUAGUGGGCGAAAAGAUGCCAUGGUGCACUGACGCUUUUGGUAUUGCAGGCUCUAGGACGGGCUCAUGUUAGGCAAUUGCUAUUUAGCUUAAAAUGCAGUGCCCGGGAAACAAGACUUACGUUUUAGACUUCUAUGUGUCAAGCUGCAACAAGGAGUUUUUCUCAAAGAUAAUAUCUAUAAUGCAAUUUGACAUCAUUCAAACAUAACUUGAAUGUAUUCUAAUGUAAAUUCAUUUUUGAACUCCACAUCGAAUUUUGUAAAUGUUCUCUGCACGAGGAUAUGGAAUUUGAAUAUAUUUUGCUGUGAAUACAUUCUCCUAUCUGCA